AUGAGAACAUUUAGUCAACUUGAUUGUGAAAAAUCACAUUGCAAUUCCCAUAAUCAAGAAUCUGUUGGUGAUGACAAUGAAGAUGAACUGCUUGAUGCAAAUGAAGUAACUAAUGAUAUGACACUCAGAGAUGAUAAUAUCGAAAAUAAUGACUGA